AUGAUGGAUCCCACAGCUAAAGAUCUACUUCAGUUAUCCGGCAACUGCCAAGAGACUCACCCUUUACCUCAGGAAAUUGUGGAGUUCGUCCUGGAGUUCUCUGAGACACAUGAGUCAAGAACUCCAGCUGCACCAGAGCCACAGAUCUGCAUGCCUCUGACUGCCCGUGGUGACGAGUGCCAGCAUGAGUCCAUUCAGAACCAGGUGAUGGCUCCUUUGAGGCCCACAAUGAUGGUUUCUGCAUAUUCUAAUAUCCUUGGGACAGUCCUUGACCAGAACUCAAUAACUCUCCCCGUUAAUGCCUUCGAUAAGCCCCCUGGAGAACUAAAUGAGACUGUCUCCAUGGACCAGAAGGUGACCUCCUUUGAUCAAAGAAAACCCACAGCAACCUACUGGAUGAUAGGUGUGACUGACAACCCAAAGGCAUUGUUCACUGAUUGCCUAAAGACAACCAUCACUGCAAACAACAUGACAAUCUCCAAAGAAAGCAGCCAGAUGAAGACCCUCAGUGAUGAACAGACUGUCUAUGGAGGCCAGAUGACCUUCGGUGGGGACCAGACCCCUUAUGGAGGCCAGAUGACACCUCUUAAAGGGGGCUAUCCAGUGACCUUCAUUGGGAACCAUAUCUUCACUGGGGGCCAGGUGACAACAUACAGCAGUGACAAGACUCUCUAUGGGGGUCAGAUGGGGACCCUUAAGGGGGACCAGAUGAGAACCUUCAUUAAUGACCACACUCUCUAUGGAAGCCAUAUGAUGCCGUGUCAGUCGCCAUCAUUGCCAUACCUAGGAUCCCUGUACCAUUCAAGUUCCCAUUUGACCCAAGGACAAGCCCUAGAAGAACAGAAGUCAAAACUCAAAACCCAGAGACGUCAGUUCAAGAAGAAUCUUGACAUUUUAAAGCCCUACACUUGCACAUACCAGGACUGUCAGAAAUCAUAUUCAAAGUAUUACUCUCUCCAACUCCAUAAUCGCAAACACACAGGAGAGAGGCCCUACAAAUGCAAUGUGAAGGGAUGCACAUGGGAAUUCGCACGUUUAGAUGAGCUCAAGAGACACAGCAAAAGGCAUAGUGGGGAGCGACCCUACCUGUGUACUCUGUGCGACAGGCGUUUUGCACGAUUAGAUCACUUGAAGCAGCACCAGAAAGUCCACCAGUGA